UAUUCUGAAUCAGACAGCGAAUGCACUGGAGUACUGAUGUUUACCAUGCGCCCGAAUAUCAAUAUGGUAAUCUUCGCCGAUUACCAAAAACAAGCCAUUUAUGGAUAUUGUCAGUAAGUAUGUGCAGAUCCAGUAUAGCGUCUUUUUCACUCCACAAGGAUCAAGAUCAAAUGAAUACUUAUGGUAAAAAAGAUAGGGAAAUUCUUGAUUAUUCAACGUCGGAUCGAAUCAUGUCCAAUGGCCAUUGGAAUUUUAUCUAUCCUUCUAUUUUUCAAGAUAAUUCAGAUUUGUUGGCGAAAAAGCGAAGAAAUAGGUUCGUCAUUCCAUUACAAUAUCAUCAAGAACAAGAGAAAGAACUAAUAUCCUGUUUUGGGAUUUCGAUUGAAAUCCCCCUUAUGGGUGUUUUACGUAGAAAUACUAUUUUUGCUUAUUUUGACGAUCCCCGAUACAGAAAAGAUAAAAAGGGUUCAGGAAUUGUUAAAUUUAGAUAUAGGACCCUAGAAGAAGAAUAUAGGACUCGAGCGGAAGACUCAGAAGAGGAAUAUGAGACCCUAGAAGACGAAUACAGGACCCGAGAGGACGAAUAUGAAUAUGAAACCCUAGAAGAAUCUAAAUAUGGAAUCCUAGAAGACGAAUACGAAUAUGAAACCCUAGAAGACGAAUAUGGGAGCCCAGAAAACGAAUAUGGGAACCCAGAGAACGAAUAUAGGACUUUAGAGAAAGACUCAGAAGAGGAAUAUGGGAGCCCAGAGAGCAAAUAUAGGACCCAAGAGGACGAAUAUGGAACUCUAGAGGAAGACUCAGAAGACGAAUAUGGCAGCCCCGGGGAAAGCGCAGAGGAAAAAUAUGGUACUUUAGAGGAAGACUCAGAAGAAGAUUCAGAGGACGAAUACGAGAGCCCAGAGGAAGAUUCCAUCUUAAAAAAAGAGGGUUUGAUUGAGCAUCGAGGAACAAAAGAAUUUAGUCUAAAAUACCAAAAAGAAGUAGAUCGGUUUUUUUUCAUUCUUCAAGAACUUCAUAUCUUGCCGAGAUCUUCAUCCCUAAAGAUACUUGACAAUAGUAUUAUUGGAGUGGAUACACAACUCACAAAAAAUACAAGAAGUCUACUAGGCGGACUGGUCCGAGUGAAGAGAAAAAAAAAGCCAUACGGAACUCAAAAUAUUUUCCGGAGAUAUUCAUUUUCCUGAAGAGGCGGAUAAGAUAUUAGGUGGCUGUUUGAUACUGCCAGAAAGACAAAAAAAGA